AUGGAUGGUCUCACCGUGAGGCCCCUGAACUCGACGGCCUCCGACGAAGGGCAACAAGAAAGAGCGAAGCCAGAGGCGAAGCCAGAGACGAAAGCGGGAAAUCACUGCUUGGAAUUUCUUUCAAAUGAAGGGAAACGGAGGAUGAAUGGGACAAAGCCAACCCUGAACUUUGCAGUGAAGCAAUUUCGGAUUCCAACAGUGAAACUCAUUUCUGAAAAGCAUGUAUACAACAAGAACAAACUUGAGAAAUUCUUUGAACAAAACUUUUUUAGUGCAUAA